AUGGCAAUAAAGAGGUCAUCUCAAGCAGCAACGAUCAAGCAAAUCUUAAAAAGAUGCUCGUCGAGUCUAGGGAAGACGAAGAAACAAGAAGAUGGUCUUCCUCAAGACGUGCCGAAAGGUCAUUUCCCUGUUUACGUUGGACCAAACCGAAGUCGGUACAUCGUUCCCAUCUCUUGGCUCGAACACUCCGAGUUUCAAACGUUACUCCGACUAGCCGAGGAAGAGUAUGGUUUUGACCAUAAUAUGGGUGUAAUCAUACCCUGUGAUGAAGUGUUUUUCAAUUCUCUAAUCUCUAUGUUCAGAUAA